AAAGAUGUUUCAAGAUGAACAAUUUUCUUCUCAUUGGGAAAAUCCUUCCCAAGAAACACCCGUCUUAUGUACUAAGGAACAAAAUGAUUCCGAUAUAAUAUUUCCAUCUCAACUAUCUAAAGAACCUAAUGAAUUACGUUGUUUCUGCCGAAAUCCACAAAAAGAAGCAGAAGGGACAAAAGAUAUGCAUAUUUCUUACCUUGUCAUUACUCAGGAACAUAAAAGAAACACGUUUGAGUAUUUUUUUCUAACUUUUUGCAGAGUAAUAUGUCUUUUACUCAAAAACCUAAAUCAGCAGUACGCAGACGGUUUUCUGACUUUAUUUAUCUUUAUGAAACCCUUACUGUAGAGUUUCCUACAUGUUGUAUUCCUCCUCUACCUGAUAAACAUCGAAUAAAAUAUAUCAAAGGGGACAGAUUCAGCACUGAAUUUACAAUGAAAAGAGCCAAUUCAUUAGAAAGAUUCCUUCAAAGAUUAUCAAUGCAUCCGGUUUUACAGAAAUCAUUACAUUUAUCUCAUUUUUUUGAAUCUCAAGAUUGGAGUUCUUAUGUUCAUAAUGUUAUUCUUCACGAUAAGACACACUAUAUCAAUAUUGGAGGAGUUUUCGAAGGAUUAAGUGAUGCAUUUUUGAAUUCUUUCACUAAGAUUAAUAAUCCAAAUAUGCUUUUUAUUGAUAUGAAAGAAAAAAUAGAUAAAUUAGAUUAUGGAUUAGUACAUAUAGAGAAAUUAAUAUCAAAGAUGAUUAAACAAAAAAUAGAUCUCGAAAUGGACUACAGUGGAAUGGCAUUUCUAUUUAAGCAAUUAGCUGUAUUGGAACCUUCUUUAAGUCGAGAAUUAACAAUGUUUAGUGAAGUAAUAGAAAAUACAGAAACGAACUUAAAAAUUUUAAGAGAAUACAUAGAUUCUGUUUAUUUAACCUUCAUACAUGAUUUAAUAUCUUAUACUAAUACACAGAAACAGCUUUUAAAACAACGUGAUCAAAAACAAAUGGAUAUUGAAGGACUUACAGAAUAUCUUAUGAAAGUUGAUUUAGAAAAAGAACGAGUCAUACAGAGUUCAGGACUUUUAUAUCUGCGAGAAAAAGUAGAAAACUUAACAGGCAUUGAUCAUGAACAAGCUAAACAAGAUCGACUUAAAAAACUAGAAAAAAAGAAAGAUAAACUUCAAAAAGAAAUUGAAAUAUCUAAAAUAGCUGGCGAUACUUUUGAUGAAGAAACAAUACGUGAAAAUAACAUUUUCGAUAAAAUUAAAACAAAAGAGAUACAAGAAAGCUUUAGCACAUUUGCAAAUGAAAAUAUUAAUUUUUAUAAGCAAGUCAUAGAAAAUUGGACAAAAAUUAUUCCAGAAUUAGAACAUGCUAAACAAAAAAAUAUCAUUAACCAAUCCUUUUAA